GAAAACACUAUUGUUUUGGAAUACUCUUCUGUGUUUAAUGCUUAAUGAAGUCCCUCUUACCCAAGUAUCUCAGAAAUGCAUAUUGAGGUCAUGCGAUUUAAGAGAGUGAAACUCAGAGCUUUUACGCAAAGAUUGUAUAUUUAAAUACAUACCCAGUAUCUGUUUGCCUUCAUUCAAACGCUAAAUCAAAACAAUGACGGACCAGACGACUCCGCAGUGGGUAAACGAACAACUUUUUCACGGGUUGUUGAUGGAGUACAUCGACAACUUCAAGGCAAUCGUUAGCUUUGCCGCCAAGUCGGCAACCGGCCAGGGCGAGAACUACCUUACAAUCGUGCUACGGAUCCAGAUAACUAUGCAGCUGACGGAUGACAGCACCAAAGAUGUCAAUUAUAUUCUAAAAAUUCCCUUGGUUGGCGACGAUGAUAAUGGCGAUCAUGCGUUUCACGACAUGUUCAUUACCGAAUUGGAUAUGUAUGAUCGUCUGGUACCAGAGCUGGAGAAACAAUAUGAACACACGCCUAUAUCGCCGAAAUUCAAGCCUUUGCACUUGAAGUUUCCCAAAAUGCCCGUUAAGUGUGACUAUAUCCUACUGGAGGAUCUGAAACAGAAGGGCUACAAGAAUGCCGAGAGAACGCAGGGAUUGGAGCAGUUUGAGGUGGAGGCUGUGCUCAAGAAGUUGGCCCAGUGGCAUGCGGCCUCUGCUAAAAGAGUGGUGGAUAUAGGGGAGUACGAAAAGGACAUCCGGGAAAGCUAUUUUACGGCCGAGCACCAAAAAAUGUUGGACGAGUUUAAUAUAAACUUCUCUGUUCCCUUUUUGGAGUGCAUGAAGCAGUAUGAUCUGGAUCCUUCCCAAAUGGUUUUGAUAAGCAAUUACACAUCUCUUUUGACGGAUUUGAAUAUAGAGUUUGGUCGAAACGACCCGUUGGAGUUAAGUGUCUUGAAUCAUGGCGAUUUCUGGUGUAACAACUUUAUGUUCAAGUACAACGACUUAGGGGAAGUGGAAGAUGUUUACUUGGUGGACUUUCAACUGCCGAAAUAUGGUACUCCUGCUCAGGAUCUAUUGUGCCUCCUAAUGACCUCCCCAAAAUUUGACAUUAAGCUGAAAAAGUUCGACCACUUCAUUGAGUAUUAUCAUCAGCAGCUAGUGGAACACCUGGCGAUGCUCAGCUACAAUCAAAGUGCCCCCUCACUGCCCCAGCUGCACCUUCAUCUACACAGAUAUAGUCUCUGGGCAUUUAUAUGCGCUCAGCGGAUGCUGCCUAUAGUGCUACUCCCGCCGUGUCUGGACUCAAACAUUGCCAACGUUAUGGGAAACUCGGAGGAGGCGACGGCAUUCAAGCGGAAGAUGUUUCUCCAACCGGCUUACGUCGAUCAAAUUAAACAGAUACUGCCUUGGCUCAUUGAACGGGGUUACAUAAGGUGAACCUGGAUGCAGUCUCAUAGCAGGUUCCAACAAAGCUCAAUUAUAUAUCAAGUAUUAUAGUAAUCGUGUUGUUCUUAUUUCAAAAAUUGUAGAAAUAAAAUUAUCUAAGCUUUAUACAAUUUA